GUCAGGAGUGAAAACUCAGAAGUUCAACAUGCCUGAGUUUGAUCCUCGUACUGUAAGUGAUUCAGUGUCAUUAUUUGAUCCUCCAUCCACCAAAGUGCCUAAACAUGAAUUGGAGGUUAUAGUUUUUGUUGGGUACCCUGGGAGUGGUAAGAGCUUUUUGGCAUCAACACACUUUGCUGCUGCAGGGUAUGUUCAAGCUAAUCGUGAUACUGUUGGGUCUUGGCAGAAAUGUAUCAGCAUAAUGGAAAAAUCUUUACAGGAAGGAAAAAAUGUUGUCAUAGACAACACAAAUCCUGAUGUAGAAAGUCGGCAGCGAUACAUCUUAGCUGCAAAGAAACUGAAGGUUCCUGUCAGAUGCUUUGUGUUCAAUGUAUCAAAGGAUCACUGUAGACAUAAUAAUAAGUAUCGGACCUUCAGUGGGGCAAACCAUGAGAGCAUCAGUGACAUGGUCUACAACAUGUAUAAAUCAAAGUAUGUUGAACCAACAUUGAAAGAAGGCUUUGAUGACAUUGUGAAGGUCAAUUUUGUUCCCAGCUUCAGGACAACCAAAGAUGAAGAAAUGUACAAGAUGUUUUUAUUGGAAAAAUAA